AUGGUAUAGAAAAUCAGAAAAGCAAAGCCAAAGCAAAAAGAAGAAAAAGUGCAGAAGAACAAACUUUCCAAAUUCAUUAAGAAGAAAUCCAAAUAUUCAGCACAGACUAAAAGAGAUAACACUUACGUAUUCGAAGGAUUUUAUGAGAAAUUGAAGCAGAUUGAUGUUAAAUAAUCUAAUAAUCUAGAGACAAAUUUCGUGUAUGAUAGCAUUCUGAAAUAGUCUGAAAAAGAUGAUGAGGAGGGUUUAUUCAAUAGCAAUUUUAUAAUGCUGUUAAGAACUGAGAAAGCUAAUAAUAAGACUAUCGAAUUCAGCAAAGUAUAUAAGGUACUAGAGCCAUUUUGCUUCUCUUACCCUAUAUUAGUGCUAAACAAGUCAAAGCUAAUAAAUAUGCUAAUUUAGUAUUUGACACCAAAAGAUAAUGGAAAAGAUGCUGUAGUAGCUCCAAUUUAUGCUAUUUAGAUAUCAGUUCUUGACCUACUCAUAGCAUUGAUUAAGGAUUUUAGACAAGAUAUAUAUCAGGAGUUCUUAAAUAUGAUAAUGCCAGCAGUAAUUAGUGUAAUUGACAUGUAGAAAAUAUAAAUACUAGAUAAGGUAUUCACAGUGAUUUCUUUUGGAGUAAAAUACCUGAACAAAAGUAUUAAGGAAGAUCUUGAGAACUUUUGCGAUAUGUAUUCUGAGUUGCUUAUUCAUAAGAAUAGGUACAUCAGGAAAUUUGCAUCAUAAUCAAUCAGUUAUGUACUCAGAAAGAUUAGCUUUAAUCAAAAUACAAUCAAAUUGCUUGCAAAAAUUUUGCAAGAAAAAAAAGAUGAGGAUGAAGUGAUGGAGGAUUUAAAAUCUGACAAUAAAGAUCAUUUGUCUGAUAGCAAGUUAAAUAGAGUAUUAGGUCUUGCAGAUUUAUUAUUUGAAGUAGUUUAUGGAGCAGGAGAAGGACUCCACUCUAAGUAUAAUGAAGUUAUGGACAGUAUUUUUGACUAUCUAAAAUAGAACGAAUAUAAUCAAACUAUAUAAAUGCUAAUAAGAUGCCUCUUACUUAAGUAGUUGAACGAAGUUGACACUGAAAAGUAGUAACCAAUUUUUGAUAUGCUGAUAAGUAAUUUGAAGUAUAAUAAAUAGGAAUCAGACUUAAACUUGAUUCUAGACAUCUUUAAGGAUUAAAUAAGACUUAAGUAUGGCAAAAGGUUAAGUAACUACGGAGUUAUUCAAAUGCUAUAGGUAUUCAACAAUCUUUUGAAUAAAAAUCUUGCCUUCUCAAAACAAUUGGCAUUAGAAACCAAAAAGAAUUUAGCAAGGACCAUUCAGAUUCUUUAUUAUUUCAAGCACAAUUAAGUCAGAAGUAUUUUAGCUAAAUCAUCCAUUGAUCUCUAGCAAUCAUAGACAAUUUUCAACUCUCACAUUUAUAAGCUUAUUGAUAGCACUGAACAUAAAAUAGAACUCUUACAUAGCUACUACGAGAUUAUUUUAUCUAGCCCAAGUGAGAUUAAAGGAUUUGAUGAUUUAGACUGGUCUAGCAUUCUUGGUUUAAAGCAAAGCUCAAAGAAUGUAAUGGAAUUUUCAGGCGAUAGUCAUUAGUGGAAGAUUAAGACUUUAAUUAAGUCAAUAAACCAGUAUGUCCUGAAAUAUUUGCAAGACAGUGAUGAUUAUAAUGUAACAAUAGAAAUGUUAGCAAUGUUUAUCUGUCUUGCAUCUAAAAUAAAUGAAAAAGUUGAAGUUGAGCUUAAUGAUUAAUCCGAGAAGAAAUUAGUUACAAUUAUUAAAGCCGAGAUUAGCGAUUUGUAGAGAUAUUUUGUUUUUAGGUUUCUCCAGAAUUGCAAGGUCACUGAAAAAUUAAAUAAAUUACUCAAAAUUACUUAGAUAACAGGUUCAGGAAAAAAAUAGAAUGGCCUAAGCUAAAAAAUUGAUUUCAGUUAGUUAUUGAUGGAAAACCUGGUAUUAAAUAACUAUAACCUUUCUGAACAGGAUUACAAUGAUUUAUAAAAUGCUCUUGCAUCUACUAUUGAUCUUGUCAAUAUUGGAUAAUCAAGAAACUUAGUCAGCUAAAACUAAGCUAUAAAAGAGGCUCUCUAGAUAUAAUAGUAAGAAUAAAAUAGCUUAUAGCUGUUGAGUCUUCUUAGAAAUGCACAUGAUGAUAUAAUAGUACUGAAAUCAAUAAACUAGAGUGAGAUUUCUAGUAUUUAGUUAAAUUCAAACAAAGAGUUAUUUACAAAAUUAAGUCUUAAUCUAGCCAAGAAUCAGACUGAAUUAAGACUCUAAACCUUACUCCUACUAUAGAAAUUUGAGGUGCUUCACUUUAUAAUCCCAGACUCUGAGGAUGAAAAGCACUUUGAUCUAUCUGAGAGUUAUAAGGGUGAGUGCAAAAUACUAGAGCUCAUGCUUACCUUUGAGUAGACUAAGAUUGCUUUUGAAACUGAAAAAACUAAGAUAUUAUUGAUUAAAAAGAUUUAAACGGUACUAGAAACUGAACUGGUUCCCGUUGAAUACGUAGAAGCAGCUUAUAAUUUCUUGAUUGGAGGCUUUUGGAUUAAGUUUACGCCACUAUUUGAAUCAAUUUAAGAAACUAUUGGCUCAAUUAUUAACCAUAACCCAGAGAUAUAUGGCAAGAGAUUAUUGGAACUAAUGAAAAAUUACGGUCUUCUAACUCAAGUUUUCCAUGAUAAUCAAAUCUUGACAGACUUUAUUUAAAACAAGAUUGCAUCUGAAAAAUCCGAGUAUCCUAAUCAAUCCUUGCUUUAUAAAAGCUAUAUAAAGGAGCAAACGCUCAAUCAUGAAUUCCUGGAGGUCAAAGAUUUCUUUUAUAACUUGACUAAAACUAUAUAACUUUAAAUUGACCCCAUCAUGAGCAAUACUUAGUUGAGAUAAUAACUAAUGAGUUAGUUUUAUGAUUUCAUCGAUAAAGAAUUCAGAGCUUUGAACUCCUAAAGAUAGCAGAAAAUCUCGCAGAAUUAGGACUUACUAGACAGAAUGACUUAUGCCAACAUGAUUGACUCAGACUAGUAUACAAAAUAUAAGAGAUAAACCUACUCCAAGCUUUAUUGCUAUGUUGAAAUCUUUAAUCGUGCAGAUAACUUAAAGAAUAUGCAAAGACUGUAAGACUUCUAAAACAUAAUGCUGAAACUGCUAGUUACAAGUGACACCAAACUUUAGAAAUUAUCGCUAGAUUGUCUUAUCAAAUCAGAAUACAGAGGAGGUUUGCUCAAGCAUUACAGGAAAUUGCUAGAGGGAUUUACUGAUGAUGAGAAAUUUAAGGAUGUAAUCCUUGCAUUGAACUUUGGAAGUUAAAAGUAAGCCUAGGAAGGAGAUUAAACUACCCUCGAAUAAGGUGAUGCAAUUAAAAAAAGUGAUAAGAGUGCGAUUCCAAAGCUUCAAGAUAUGCAUAGAAAUGAAAUUCUUCCAAUCGUUAUUAAACUAUUACUCUCUAAGUUGCUGAAGAAAAAGGGUUCAAUCAACUAGAAGACAGUUUUCACAAGGAGAAAUAUAGUGUACAAUUUCAUGAGUUCACUCAACCCCGAUACUGAACUCUUUAUGUUUAUCAAUGAAACACUUAGUGCAUUUGAAAUCAACUACAAAGAUCAUAAGGAUUUAGAUUUCCCAUAGAUGCUUCAAAAGCUAAGUGAAGUCAGCUUCAGUGUCUAUCUCAAUUAUAUUAGCUCUUUAGCCAUAAUAAUCAAGUAGCUAGGAGGUUUACUCAGCAAUUUCUUGCCCUUAUUAACUAAAGUCCUCGUAGCAAUAAUGACUCUGACUAAAAUGUUUAUAAAGCAACUUAAACUCUCCCUAGUAGAGGAAAAAGAAGAUUAGAUUUCAUUAUAAGUAACUGGUUAAAGUUAUCAAGCUUAAGAUGGAAACUAAAAAGACAGUUUAUAUAGAUUUGUUGGACAUUAAAGUAAAGCCAGCAUGAGAAAAGCAUUAGGUAUUGCUAUUCAACUGUACUCUAAGUUUAACUAUGAUGAAUAAUUUGUUAAGGUAUUUUCAGGAAUUUUCUAUACUGAAGUUAUAUGCGAUUAGAUCCCUCUACUUCAUCAGAAUAACUACUUAACUUAUAAGGAUGUUUUGCCAGCACUGAUGAAAAUGCUAGAACAGAAGAAAAUAGUCUCAGAAGUCUAUGAAAUGAUAUUCUCACUACUAAAAAAUCUCAUUUCUAAAUCAAUAAAUGGACUAGAGGAAAAAAAAGAUCUACAUUUCAUUGGCAAGAGAAGGAAAAAUCAAAAGUAACAAGAUGAAGAUUAGGAUGAUCUUGAAACUAUGGAAAUUGAUAAAAAUAUUAUCACUAAGGAAAGGGAAAUUGCAAAAAUUAUCCUUGAAUAGAACAUUAGCCAAAUUGCAAGGAGCAUUAGCAUUUUCAGUUAAAACAAUCUUUCAGAGCUCAAGAAUGCUUUGCUCUUCAAGAAAAAACAGUAAUAAAAACAGAACAAGUUAUAAGCUCUUGGUGGUAAGCAAUCGGUACAUGAGACAAAUUAAGAGACUUUAAAGGACAUUAUUUAUAUAAUGAGCGAACUAACACACUAUUUGAAAGAAGGGGAUAAACUUAAUGAAGCUUCUCUAAAAUCAUUGCAUACUGAUUUCUCUUCUCAAACUAACUCUACCACGUUUUAUGAAGAGCUUCUUCUCUACAGUGUGAAAUCUAUUUGCUCGCUAUUAUAAAAAUCUCCCUCUGUAUCAAAAGAUUAAAUUGAAAAGAUUAUCUUGCUAUUCCUAACUGUAAAAUCCUUAAAAGUCAGAAACUUACUCAGUAAGGGUCUACUAGACAAUUUAUUUGUGGAGGAUUCAGACAAUCUCAAAGUUAGCAUUCCUGAUCUUAAAAUGAAACGAGGAACUAUUGAGAUUAUAUGCAAUUUAAAUAAGAUUAAGAGAGGCUUGGCCGACACUGAACUGGACUACGACUUAAUCAUUAAAACCCUCGAGAAAUUAGACAUCAAUCAUUUUAGAACAAUCACUCACUACGAUUUAAGAUAGAUUAGUUAUUCGGUACUAUUUUUACUCUAAAGUGAUGAGUUCUCAGUUAGAGACUAUUCAUGCCACUUUUUAAAAUAAUUCUUUGAACACUUGAAUGAACUUCAUCUAAUAGAUUAAACUCAAGUCCUCAAAGAGUUUGGAUCUGUGAUUGCUCAUUUAGAAAGUUUCCUACUCUAGUAGGUUAAAACCAUAAAAGAUGAACUUGUUCUGAAAACGAUUCUUGAGGCACUAAGAUUAUUAAUCAUAUUCUAUUCUAAGACAUAGGGAUCAUUUAAGUCUCAAUAAAACUUACAGUAUCUGAAUUUGCUAGUGUCUUAAAAGGAAGAUUAAGAUGAUUUCUUCAAUAAAUUCCUAGCAAUUAAACUUAAAUCUAGAGCAAAGCAAAUACAAAUGCUGAUUUCUAAAUUAUAAAAUAAGGAGCUUAGUGAUUAUAAGGCAAUAUAAGCUAUUAUUAUUCCACUCUUAAACUAUAUAAUAUUUGGCACUAGAUCUCAAAAGGAAAGUAGAAGAAAUACUGUAAGUUAUAGUAAGCAAGAAAAGCGUAUGAUUAUGGAUGAGGCACUUAAAGCUUACUCUGCUAUUGCAUCACUACUAAAAUGGUCAGACUAUUAUAAAAUGUUGAAAUAACUUCUAUACAAAUUAAAUAAAUCACAGAGCAAAAUCAGCUUCAAUCAAUUAAGUGGGGGAAAUAAAGGAGAAGAUGGAGAGAAAUAAAAGGAAAGAGUAAUCACUAAAUGUAUCUGCUAAGUUCUAAAUGGUUUCAAAUUGAGUCAAGAAAACACUAUCGAUGAGGAAUAUGAUGCUGUGAAGACACUAAAGAAAUAAUAGCAGAGUGAGGAUGAUCAAAAUUAUGAUCAAGAUUUUGAGAAUAUAGUUGAGAAAAUUCUUAAGGAAAACGAAGCUAAGCCAUUAGAGUAAUUUGCAGUAGAAGUUGAAUCUGAUGAUAAUUUAGAAGAAGAUGAAGAGUAAUAGUUGGUGAAAAAAUAGCAAUAAGAGUUAAAAGUUUAGACUGAUAAGAAUAAUAAGAUGCUGCUAUAAAAUGUCUAGUAAAAACUCUAUUAAAAGGUACUACCUAUAUUAGAAAGACAUUUUGCUGAUUAUGAAGAGAAAGAAGAUAAGAUGGAUGGCUCAUCCAAUGAAACUGGCAUGAAUUUAGGUUAUGGAUCAAUAAGAUCAUUUGUGGUGCUUGGUAUUGCGAAACUCAUUAGAAAACUACCGAUUGAUCAAUUCAUUAACUAACUUAGCAAGCUAAUCAAUAACAUCAUCAGCAAAGGAUUGAGAUCUAGACUUCUAGUUCAUAGAGAAAAAGCAAGAAAGAGUCUUUUGAAAUUACUCAUUGAAGUAUCUCCACAAUUCUUAAGUUUGUCUUUCACAAUAAUGAAUGAUUUAUUGACAAGAGGGUAUCAACUUUAAACCUACAUUUUCACUAUUCUGUUCUUACUUCAGUAGCUGGUUGAGAAGAAAAUACUUAAAAACGGUAUGGUUUCUCAUAGAUUAUUAGAAAUUACCUCUGAAAAGCUCAUGGAUGAGCUCUUUGGUGAGCUUGUUAAUGAUGAUAAGAAUGCUUCAGUUGAAGAUCAGUAAAAGAAUAAGAUAAAGGAGGCGAAAGGCAAAAAAGCUAUUCCAAUCUUUGAAAUAUUCGCUUAAUUCAUCGAUUUUAAGAAGAAUUUCUUUACAUUGAUUGGCCCGAUUAUUAGAUCACUUGAAGGGAAUCCAAGCAUAGGCAAAAUUUAGCAAUGCGAAGAACUUUUAAAUAGAAUAAGUAGUUCAAUAAUUAAAAAUGAGAGUGUUAGAGGAGAUUAAUUAUUGAUGUUUAUGUACAGUAUUAUAGACAAAGGUGUUAUAUAGGCAGCUAAAAUAAAGAUCAAUGAUGAAAGAGCAAAGAGGGAUUAUGGAGCUAAAACUAUGAAGGAAGAUACUUUUAGAAAAACUAAGAAAGAGUACAAAGAAAUGACUUUUAAAAUAGAUAUGAAAUGGACCAAAGGGAAUUAACUUGUAGAUAGUAAAAAGGCUGAAGAGCUAAGUGGAAGGGUAUUAGCAUCAUUCGGUCUAAUGUGCAUGAAAAAAGCACUGAAAAACAAAGGAUUAAUUCUUUCAAAUGAAGAUUAAGGUCAAUAAAACAGCAACAACUUUUUAAAUGAAGAUCUUAAUAGCUAGAUUAAAAAGAAUUCAGAAGACAUUAAAGAAGAACUCAAGGCUAAGUUAGAUCCAUUCGUACCUUUGCUGUUAAAUGCAUUUAAAACUUACCAUAAUCCAAUAGUAGUUAGUACUCUGCAUGUAUUAGGCAUGAUUAUUCAUCUUGGCUUACCAAGCUUCUAACAACUCAUGAAGAAAUUCCUAAACAGAUUGUUUAAGCUAUUCGAGUAAACUAGUACUUCUUCAUCAAUCCAGGACUCUGACUUUGUGAAUUCAUUGUUCAAGUGUACUGCUGAACUCAUUAAAACAUACUCAACUUAUCAAGACCUUAAUUAACUUUAGCUCAAAACCCUCAUUUAAGUAAUCAAGCAAAACCUAAACUCGCAAGGUGCUAAUAAUCCCUCAUAAAUAAAUGUAUUCCAUCUACUUAGAGCCUUGGUAUUCAGAAAAUUCCUGUCCCCUGACCUCUAUGAUAUUAUCGAUAAAAAUGUGCAGGAUCUUAUCAUUACAUCACUGUCACCUUCUGUGAGAUCGCUGUGCUCUUCAAUUUUCGUUACAUUCUUAAUCGAAUAUCCAUUAGAACAAGAGAGACUAACUUAGCACCUAAAUUUCUUAUUGAAAAAUGUGGGAACUUAUUUCGAUCAAGAAGGUAGACAUCAAAUCCUAGAAGUUAUGGAAAAGAUAUCAAUCAAAAUGCCUUAGGAAAUUUUAGACAAUGAGUGUGAAAAAUGGACAUUUACAUUAAUGAUAAGACUGGUCAAUGAGAAGAAUAAAAGAUGCAAGGAUAAGGCCGCAUAAGUGCUGAGAAUGAUGUUCGUCAAAAUUUCUGCGAAUAAGACAAAGACAAUAUUCAAUACAAUAAUUCAAAUGAACUCUGAAAAUGCAGUUAAGAGAUAAUCAUUGAUGCAUGCUAAAUUGCAUCUUCUUUCCAUUAUGAUUGAAUCUAUUCCAGCCUUGUUUAAGAAUCCAAAUGACAUUAAAAACAUCAUUGCAGAUGUGUGUAUGCCUAUCAUAACUGAUGAAUAUACAAAAUUCAAGAAAUAGCUUGACAAGAAAAAGCAAGCAGGAGAUGCGGAUGAUAGUUAGGGAGAAGAUGACGAAAUAUAAAAUGAGAAUAUGAGGAAGUUCUUCUAGAGUAUCGACUUAAUGGAGAAUAAUGACUAGAAACUGAUUACAAUCAAUGAUGAUGAAAGUGAAGAUAAAGAUCAAUGGAGUCCGCUCUACUAUGCUUUUGAAAAUAUAAACAAACUCCUCACGAAAUCUGAAACAUAAUCAAAUGCAUUCAAGUUACUAGCAAAGUACAUAAGGUUCUUGCCUCAGCUUUCUUUAAUAAUCACUUAGCAUCAUAUUUAUUGGAUCAAACUUGUAGCUCAUUAAACGAUUCAGAGCUUCUUAAAGAAUAUGAUAAAUUCUAAAUUAAACCUCACAACUCUUUAUAAAUUGGAAGAUAGCAAAGAUCAACUCAAAAUUGUCGCCUCUUAUACAAACACUUUCAAGUCUCUUCCCAUGACAUCAGAUCUCUCAAAGAUUUUAGUUGACAAUUAACUCACAUUGUUAAGACAGUAGCUGAACUAAAAGUCUGAAACUUAACUUGAAGAAGUCAAGUCAAUCUUCAAAAAGUUAUCAUUGAUAGGAAGAAAAAUAAUGCUGAAUAUUAAUCAAGCUAGUGAAAGGCUAGAGUGCAUUCUCAGAUUUUUCAUGGAAUCGUUAAGCUUAUUUGAAGAGCAUUCAGAAAUGAAUAAAGACAACUAAUAUGUAAGAGCAGUUGUGGAAUCUAUCCUACAACUAGUGUUCAGGAUCUAUACUGACGAUUAGUAUCUGUAAAAUACACCUCCAAAGACAUUAUCCUAUUAAAUGGUCGAUUAUUUCUCAAACAAUUUGGAAAAGGCAUUCUUCCUAACUCUUUAUAACUAAGUAAAGAAGUCCAUUCUAGAUAAAAGAUAAGAGAGAAAAAGACAUCAUAAAAUCAUGAUGGUUAGUAAUGCAGUUGAGUGGGAAUAGAUCAAAGCUUAAAAGAGAGACAAAAAAAGAGAUAAGAAAAGGGAAAAGAAGAGGUAAGAGAAAAUAAUGAUGAAUAUGAGGAAAAACUGA